AUGCUCUAAGGAAUUGUCUUUAAGAGUGAGGAUUCUAUGAUCUUGGGGCAAGAUUAGAGAUUAAAGUAAUUCAUUAUACUAAAAAUAGGAAUUUCAUAGGAGAUAUUAAUAUAAAUUGGUUCAAAUACUUAGUCUUAAUUAAGCAUAGUUAUGUUUAAGUCGAAAAAAGAAAAGGAUUAGUUUGA